UUUCCGCUUCCGGCUGCGGAUUGUUGACGACGGUGACUGCGGCGGCGUUGGGGCCGCAGCUCAGAAGGGAAGGGUCAGUCGAGAAGGCGACCGCCGCAGUGUCAGAUACAGCUGCAGCUGGGGCUGUGGCCACGAUGGCGGAGGGGCCGGAAAAAGCCCAGGUCCGCCUUCCCAGGCAUCGCGGCAAGCGGGAGAAUCGAGGCGGGGGCCGCGACUCCGAAGCCUCCACUUCGAGCUCGUUGGCCGUCGUCUCUUCCCGGGACGAGCAACAGGGCCAGUCACGGGCCCCCGGGAAGCCCGAGGCGAAGAGCUUCACACCGGCCUCGGCCUCCGAGCCGGGUCCGGAGCGCGAGCCCGGGCCACCCGAGAGCGAGACUGACCCCGGCAGCGGCGGCGGGGCGCAGCCGGAGAAGCCGACGGCGCGCGAGUACUCCCGGCAGGUGCACGAGUGGCUGUGGCAGUCGUACUGCGGCUACCUGACCUGGCAGAGCGGCCUCCUGGCCUUCCCCGCCUACGGCAGCCCGCAGCCGCAGCCCCCGCCGCCGUCGUCCUGCGCCCCGGGAAGCGGCAGCCCCGCCAACGGCCCGGCGGCCGGGCCCCCGCUUCCCCCGCUGGGCUACUAUAACCCCUUCUACUGUCUGCCUACCCCUCCCGCGGCCGAACCAGCGGUGGCUGCGACCCCUGCCCCACCUGCCGCAGCCGCGGCCCCUGCCCCAGCCCCGGCCCCGGCCCCGGCCCCGGCCCCGGCCCCGGCCCCGGCCCCAGCCCCAGCCCCAGCUCCAGCCCCAACCUCCCCCUCCCCGGGGAACCGGCCUCCCAACUGGCAGGGAUCGGCUAGAUUAGCCCCGGCGACCAGGUCUGGAGGGGUCUCCGCGCCCCGGCAGCAGAACGAAAAUGGGCGUCCUGCAGGUAGAGAAUAUGCUAUUCCAUCCUUGGCACACAGGUUUAUGGCAGAGAUGGUGGAUUUCUUUAUUCUGUUUUUUAUAAAAGCAACCAUGGUCUUAACUAUUAUGCAUGUCAGUGGAAUAAAGGAUAUUUCUAAGUUUGCUAUGCAUUAUAUAAUAGAAGAAAUAGAUGAAGACACAUCAAUGGAAGACCUGCAGAAAAUGAUGAUUGUUGCUCUUAUAUACAGGUUAUUAGUUUGUGUCUAUGAGAUAAUUUGUAUAUGGGGAGCAGGUGGAGCCACUCCAGGAAAAUUUUUGCUGGGACUUCGUGUUGUGACAUGUGAUACAUCAGUGCUCAUUGCACCAAGCCGUGUUUUAGUGAUUCCCUCCUCAAAUGUUAAUAUAACAACGUCCAUUAUUCGAGCCUUGAUCAAGAAUUUUUCCAUUGCUUCUUUUUUUCCUGCUUUCAUCACACUGCUGUUUUUUCAGCAUAAUCGAACAGCCUACGACAUUGUAGCGGGAACCAUUGUGGUAAAAAGAAAUGGGGUUAGAUGAUGCCAAGAAAAAGUCCUGAGUUCCACACUGUCUAUAAUAAUGACAAGACUAAAAUUAUGUUUUGAGGCCAUCAGUAUCCUUGGAUUAGAUUAACUGGUGAUUCGGAAAUUAAACUAUCACUCCCGUGUGAUGCAGAUGACUAUCCCGAAAGUAUUGACUUUACUUGAAUGCCAAAGAACUUUACCAGAAAAGAAACAGUACUUAUUCAAUGAAAAAGUGUCAAAUUUUUCAAUUGAAAAGAAGGCAUGUAGUGUCACAGUCAACCAUGGAUAUAUACUUUCUUACAUUCUAAAGCAUGAUGAUUUGCUGGGAGUAAUUUCAGCCUUGAGUCUCCAAAUGAAAUUUCUACAGCUUUUUGUGUUUCACACAAAAGGAUGCAGAAUGUCCAGUUGUGUUUUGUAAACACCUGCAUAAUCCACCUUCUAGGUAACACCUCUUAGGAAGAUUGCAACCUUUAUUUUCUCCUAGGUGAUGAAAUUAAAUAUAACUCUGCCAUCUUAUUCAUUGGUUACAUGAGAUGUCAAUUGGACAGUGGAGGCUAAGGUUGUUGGUUCUCUCUUACCUAAAGCUUUUUAAUAUAUAUUGCAUUGUGCUUUUAAAGAAUGGUGCAACUUUACCACUAUUCUAAAUGUUUAAUCCAAAUGUGUAUUUUGUGACAAGUCUUGCAUGAUGAUGAUCGCAAGUAUUAAGUCUAUUACUAUAUUAUCAAUGUUUUUUUAAAGGAAGGUAAGUUAGUGAUUCCUUUUUAUAAAUAAAUCAAAAGUAAAAUUUCCACCAUAAAUCGAACUUUAUAUUGAUGUGCAAAUGUUUCAGUGCUCUAAAGGGAACACUGUGGACUAUAAAUAGAGAGAAAUAAUCACUUCCUUUUGAUGGUAAAAAUGGUUACUUUCAUCAAGUUGUUGCAUAUAAACAGUACAGUAUGAAACUAUUCUAAUUGUGUUUGCAGCAUGAAGAAAGUAUUAGUGUAUUAUCUCAGUGUUCUGAAGUUGGAUGUAACAUCUUUACAAAUAGGAUUUUCACUCAAUAAUCAGUCCUCAUAUUGUAUCCUUUAUAUUUACAUAGUUGGAGUGAAUUGCAUCAAUCUGUUGAAUAAAGAACCUCAGUAUUUCCUGAUAUAUUUAUAUCCCAUUAUGCUAUAAAAUGUUUGUAUUUUUCCCAAUAUGAAAUAAUCAUUUGAAAAUAACUUGUAAAGGAAGUGUUGUCUUCAGAUAUUAAUCAGAGUUUGAAAGUGUUCUUUAGUUGCACUGGAAUUCCUUAAUCCUACUUAUUUAUUACCAGUGGGCCAAAAAGAAUUCCACAGUUUCAUUUACUCAGUUUACUAUUGACUAUGCUGCUGGUUGCAGGGAGUACAGUAUUUAAGGAGCUAGGAAGAAUGGUAAUUCUAUGUGUUGCCAUUUUAUUCAUUCCACUGCUAAAACAAAGCUGUCUUUUUGUUUCUUUUGUGAAGAGAUGCCCCAGUUAGCACUGUUGAGAUAUUUCUGAGUCAAAUAAACAAGUUUUUCUGGUUUUGUUUGAUUUUUUUAACCAUGUUAUGGCAAGCAUCUCCAUUUAUUUCAAAGGAAAAUAGUGUGGUAUAAUGGAAAGAGCACUGGAUUUGGAAUCGAGCAAUCUGAAUUCAAACCCCAGUUAUACUACUACUCAUUUGAUUGUAGACAUGUUUCUUCACCACUGCUUGCUUGGUUCGGUGGUUUCAAACUCAAAUAGAAUCAGAUCUCUGUAGACUACAUAUUGGCUCAGAAAACCACAAAUGCACAUUAUUCAUGUUGUAUUGUAAUUUUAUUUAUUUUGUUAAACAUUUCCCAAUUAAAUUUUAAUCUAGUUCCCUUCAUUUGUAGCAGGUGAGUUUGACACCUCUGGACUAAAUGAUCUAAUUUCCUUGCAGGUCUAAAAUUUAUGAUCUUAGAAAAGUUUCUUACAUAAACAAACAAUAUGUGAAUGAAUUGUGUAGUGAAACAAAAUAGCCUUUGAUAUUCAUGGCUUUUAAACAUAACAUAUUGCUACAUGACAAGCAACAAAAAAUAGACUCCCUGUUAAUACUGUCAUAGAAUUUUUAAAAUUAAUUUCACUAUUUACUAUGAAAAUUAUUUGGAAUAUUGCUUUUAUAAUUAGUGUUUACAGAACUUGAACAAUGAACUCUUUUUGAUGUAUAUUUUACAACUUCACAAGCUACAUUUAAUUUUCAAAACUGGUGUUAAAUUCAGUUUCAUUAAGAACUCUUAGAAAUGCUAUGCUAUAUUUGGUUAUUAUUUAAACUAACAUGACUCAUCACAGAAAAAUAAAUGACCCAGUAAUUAAAUUAACUUUUUAAACCUUAAAGAAUUCUAUAAAUUUGAAUUAUUAUUUUUGCAGGACAGGGUAGGAAAUAAGGCAGAAAUACAGCUAAUAUCUAUAAUGCUAAAUUACCAGUACUAUUUGUUGUUCUAUAUUUCAUCAUUGUCACUAUUUGAUUGUAACUUGGACAUUAUCACUUUUUUAAACUACUAGAGAAAUGAUUUAAGGCCCUUGGGAAAGUUGGAUUCUGGUAUUGUAACAACACCUCAAGUGGCACCAUACCAAUAGGAGUAUCUUCUCAUCAAAGCUCUACAUUCUAGCUUAUUAAUAUGAAUCUGAUUCCCCUUUUUUGUCAUGAAAUUACAGUGCCCUAAAGUGUAAAGUUCAAGCUUAAGAAAGAAAAAGGUAUUUUUAAAAGUUACUACCUUCACAUUUGUGUAUUUUUUAGUAUUUGUAUAUUUUAAAUUUUAAAUGUAAUAUGUAAGAUAUAUAAGCAAAUCAUAAAAGGAAAUUUUAAUGGGGGAGAAAUUUAAUUGUGAUAUUAUUUCAGUGAGAGUUCUCUUGAGUAUACCCACUGUUUCUGAGAGUGCAAAAUUAACUUCACAUAUUUAUUACUGGAGUCUAGUAUCAUUAUUUUAUAAACUGUACAAAAAUUCAUAACUAAAAUUGUAAUGAAUAGCCCUGUGUGCUGUGGAAGAGGUAGCCUGAAAUAUAUUGUUAUAGUUAAUGAUCAUGCAGAUUCAUUCUGCAGCAUUUUGUUAAAUAAAGCCUAUUUGAUCAGAUUACUCGGUUAUAAAGUGGAGUUAAAUUAUGACCUGAUAAAUAAUGCUCAAUUUUCUGACAUCUUAAAGUCCAUUUUAAGCAUUUACCCCCCAGUAUUAUGAAAGGACUCUAGCAUAAAAUUUCAUGAUAGUCUAUUUCACAAUUGAAAUUUACUAAUCAAGCUUUUAACUACCUACAAUAUAUGUAUCAUGCAUAUAUAGAUACUGGGGAUAAAACAAACAAAAAUGAAGCAGCUCUUGCCCUUAAGGGUCUUAAAUUCUAUUGGAGGAGACCAUUUGUAUAUGUCUAGUUGAAUAUUAUUAAACUAAUAUACUGUCUAAACAUUAUUUUCUUAGUAUUCUGAUUUCUUCCAAAAAUACACAUUUCUCUUCUAAAUUACAUUACUACAUUUAUAAAUGAAAAAAUUUAUUAUGAAAGGAAUAUACACCUCUUUUGCUAGACCAACUUGUACAUAAAAUACAAAUUAAUUGGCCAUUUCUGUGGUUUUGUUAUACCAUAUAUUUCCAAUGACAACAUAGGUAUUUUACUAUUAUUAACUCAGUACAGGUAUAGGAAACUAUAUUGGCAUAUAAUUACUUUUUUCAGAUAAAGUUUCCCACAUUUUCUUUCAAUUCCUUGCUAAUUUGAGUACUUUUCUUUGGGUAGGGAGAGACAGGAAUUGAGACCUAUUUAUCUGCUACUUGUUAAUUUUAAGAAUUUGGCUGGGGAGGAGAUUGAAUCUGUUGGGCAAAAUUAGGUUUGGGGAUUACAAAAUUUCUUUUUCUUUUUUUUUUUUGGUGAGGCAAUUGGGGUUAAGUGACUUGCCCAGGGUCACACAGCUAGUACAUGUUAAGUGUCUUAAGGCCAGAUUUGAACUCAGGUCCUCCUGACUUCAGGGCCAGUGCUCUAUCCACUGCACCACCUAGCUGCCCCAGAUUACCAAAUUUCUAAAUAAAUCCUUUUCAUUUGUGACAUACCUGUCCCUGUUAAAGACCAUUUAUAUUGUUAUUUAUCUUGGAUAAUGUUAAGGUUAGUUUGUUUUCAAACAUAAUUCCCAAAUGCUUUUAAUAUAAUAGUAUUCAUGAGAUUGAACCACCAUAGAAAAAUGUAAGAAGUGUUAUACAAAUUUCCACAUCAGAAAAAUAUAUAGUUCAAGUUCUGUUACAACACAAGUAUUACAACAAUAUCUUUAAUAGAUAUAUUCCCAGCUCAGUCAAGGGCAUUCUUCAAGAAGUAUUUGCUUGUAACAGCAUCUACUAAUAUAGCAUAAAAAUACAGAAAGGCCAGAGGAGUUCGUUGUCAUAGAAAAUGACCUGCAUCGUUGUUUUGUAACAAAUCAUGGUAUUCAGUUUGUAAAUUGCCAAUUUGUAUAGUAUCCUGUCUUAAUAAAAUCUUUAUUACAGUC